AAAUAAAUUUAACAUAAUGUUAUUGCGAAAGCGCCAAGUGGUGAUGUGGGUAUUACUUCGCCGAAUAAAAAAAUAACAGACCAACUUGUAAUCUAGGUAUGAUAAGAUUAAUACUAUAAAGUUAUUUUGUAUUCAUUGGGGAGUCGAGUGAAGACACUGUUAGCUAUUUUUUCGUUCAGUGCAGUGUACACAACACAUAUUUUCUAAUAACGAUUGCGAGGCCAAAUUAAUCUGAAAUGCUAUCCAGUAAGGUAAUACUCUUGGCUUACAUCUUGGUACUAGUCACACAAAAAGUGCUGUCAGCAGAACGUGAAACCUUGACAAGUGAGCAGAAAAUUAAGGAACAGCCUAUCGUGAUACAUACGCAACAAAAGAUUUAUGAGCAGCCAACAUUGCAGGAGUACCAACAGUGCCAUGCGAACCGCGACCAGUGCCUCAAAGUGUGUGAGACGACAGUUGCUCCGCAUUUGUGUAUAACAGAGUGUCCCGUAUGUCCUUUGCUACUUAACCACGACAUUGUGGUGCAAGGUGUAAACGAUACCGAUUAUCGCCUGCAGUCUCAUUUUCCUCUCAACUCCACAAAUGUUAUAAAGCUUACUAACGAAAUUCGAAACGUUAUCGAAACAAACAUGAGCAAUAUAACAGCCAUAAACGAAAACAACAUUCACAUAGACAGCAGCAAUGCUUCCACAACCGGUGGCAGAUUCGGGCUGGGCUACAAUCAGAAUGGUGCUUGUUGCAUUGUUAUGCGGCCAACGCAACGCUGCCAGCCUUCUUCGGUCGCUUCCUGUCGUCAUAAACGAAUGCGUGUUUGUGGGAAGCAAUGUAAGGCGCGAAUAAUGCAUGCCAAGCUGAAGAGACACUGUAAUAAUGGAAAACGAACCAACUGCUUCACAGGUAUUAACUACGAGCCCUCAGACAAUCACCAAACAUCGCGUUGUCACUAUCAACCAACUUGGCCUUUUGUAUCCUGUAGCUACAAAACACCAUUUGAUGUAUGUCUGCGAUGCCUCCGCUUACCGUACGGCUACAUUUUGUAUAACGGAAUUCCUCCCCAAUGCAUUCCGUGCUUCCAAAAGCCCGAUACCUAUGCCAGUUUGGACCGCAAUAUGUAUGGAUAUGUUACCAACACGAAUUUCGACGAAUUUGGCCCCAAUGGGCUCGAAAAUGAUUGGCGCAUUACGAAAAAGAAGUGUCGCUUGUUUGAUGGUUCCAUAGUUGAUUGCUUGAAGGAUGAUGUGCCUUCAGAAAAUGAGCCCCAACGUUUUGGCGAUGAAAAUGAUUCUGGCAUAAUCACCCCCAAUACUGAAGAUAUAGAGGAUAACAAUUUAAAUUAUAAUGGCAUGGAGAGGCGUCGUCGUCACAACCGUCCAGUAUUUUAUCGUUCAUCUUAUAGCCAUCGGAAUAAACCAAAGUUUUAAUAAAAGCAAUUCUUUGGUCCCUUAAUAUUCAUAUCUGUAUAUUCCCAUAUGCAGAAGUCAAUAUGUUCAUGUUUUCAAUAACAUUUUAAAUAACAUUGUUAGCGUACAUCAUUUUUUUGGGAAUGUGCGGAGAAACAAAGACUAUCAAAGACAGGGAAAGGACUGGCAGACCAAAAAAUUAUGUUCUGUUGAGAAUAUUUCUGCUGUAGCGCAAGGUAUUGCUGAAUAACCUUCAACAUCGACAUCUCGCCGUUCCACAACAAAUAGACAUUCAUUAAUUUAUGACAUCCUAUAGACGUACUCAUGCUGGGCAUUUAAAUAAUGUCAUUUUUCACGUAUAUUUUCAAUAAAAACAGUGAAACAUGAAAGAAGAUAAGUUUUUUCAUGUUUUAUUUAAAAACAACAUCUAUACCUUUUCAACUUCAAA